CGAUGUGGUGUAAAUAUUUUUAUAUGACACUUUUUAUAUCGCGGUAGGGUGACUAAUACCCUAUUAUGCCUAUGUUUGCAUACUAAAAAUGUUGUUUUGAAGUGUGCCUGUUGCGCGGAUUUGUGUGUUAAGGACAGAUUUUAAUCGUUUUCGUACUUAAAAAUUUCUGGAUUUACAAAGUGCAGUUGUCAUUGAUCAAAACAUAAUAAAAACACGAAGAAAAAGCUAUGCAAAUAAAGAUGUUAACACCUAAGGCGCAUUCCGAACGAAGUCGGUAAAAUAUGAUUAAUAAUUAAUCUUCCGUGUUCGUUUAAUAUAUAGAUCAAUAUAGUAAAAAAAAUGCAUACCUGUGAUAAGUACCUGGGACACGUGCUUAAUCAUCUAUGUCUCUUCUAUACAUAUAAUAUAAAAUAUCACAUAAUACAAGACUCCACGGUAACUUAAAGACAUACCGACCAUUGAUUUUUUUUGAUACCGUCUUCCUUAAAAUGUUUAAAUUGGAUUUUACCUUAAACGCGUUUAACAAUAACUGACAGUGUCCUGACACGGGGAAUGUAGUUGUAUGUAUUUAAUGUGGAUAAAUUAGCGAGCGAUGUUUUAUAAAUUGACUUGUGUUUGUAUUUGAUAUUUCGCAUACUUGUGUGGUGACAUUUUGCAUGCUACUGUUAGAUGGUAGCAAUGGUACGUAAAGUCGUCAGAGGGAUAACUUCGUAAAACUUUCUCCGGCGGAGGAAUUAACUCGCGUUUUAAUUAAAGGGAAUUUUGGAAUACUAUAGGCUUAAAUGCGCAAGUAUUUGCCUUAGUUUAAUCCUUAUCAGCACAUUGACAGUAAUUUUUUGAAGCAGCAACAAGAAAAAGUGUACCCCUGUUAGCAAAUCGGCUUGACAUUAUGUUGCCGUGACUGUCGGAAUUAUAAAAAAGAAACUAUUUUCGGAGAAUAAGUUUGACAAAGACGUCAUCUCUUGGAUUAUGUGGAAAAUGGAUGAACUGGAGUCGACUGCGAGGUAGCGGAAACGAAAAUGUUUUCAAAGGAUCACAGUUGGUAACCAGUAUUUUAGAACGUCAUCCGAAACAUUUCAGAAGCCGGGCAACAACUUUGAAAUUUUGCCGACAACUCUUCAACGACGGAGUUAUAAAAGGCGUAUUUGGUGCUGAUACUUUCGAAGACUCUGUUCAAUUGUACACGUGGAAAGACCAGAAUGGUUCCAGUAUGACGUCAUAUCCUGUAAACCAAGGCAAAAAGAACUACGGAUAUUCCAGUGCAGAUAUUACCCUUACCAAACGAGAAUUAUAUAAACAAAAGGAAACUAUAAAACCGGUUGGUAGUACAAGAGAAAAACAUCAAACAAAUGUUAAUUACACUCAUGAUGUAAAUGACUACUUCAGAGACAUUCAGAAUGGAAUGGGUCCAGACGACAACCACCUUGUAACAAAACAUAUACAUCAUCCUCAUAUGUCUAGUUACCAGACGACUUGGAACCUUCAGAGAGCUAGCACGGCUUCUAGUGAAAGUUCCGUUGAUAUUCUGUCUCAUUCAUACGGUAAACACAAGGACAAAUCACUUAAAUCAUCCUUUAACAUGCCCACUAUGUCACAUUCACGUGAUCAUGACGUCAUACCGGAAGAAGUCCAAGAAGAACAUGUGCCAGUAAUGGAACGGACCGGAACUAGUACGGAAUACGAUGGUUCCUCAAGUAUUCCGCGAAGUGUGACUACAGAUGCUUCAGGUUACAAUGAAAUGGAGGGAGCUCCGCAUCAGAGACGCUGGCAACAGGAUUAUCAAAACUCUUACUCAGACAAUGAGAAACAGUUGAUAGAACAAAUGAAAAGAAUGAAAAAGGAACAUUCACAUAUACUAAGGACAUACGAAGACAGGAUAAACAAACUCAUGGCUAAAAUGCACGAGUUACGGAGUAUAGCAGAAAUGCUGGAAAAUUCGAGUACCAAAUCAUCGCCGUAUGGAAUGAUGGCCAACAAAACAGGUGUUCUGAAUUUUCUAAAUGCAAAAGCAGAAAACGAUCGAAAAUUGUCGUCUGCAGUUACCGGAAAUGACGUGGAUAACCCACCACCACUUCCUCCAAGGCCAGGUAGGGGAAAUAGACUGAACCCGAAUAAGCCUUUCAUACAGACGGACGCGAAAAUGAAGCCUUUCCCGUGGGCGAGAAUCAUUCUAAGAGAUGACAGUACAGAUGAGCAGACGACAAUAUGGCAUACGAUGAUGGAACCAAAGAUUGACUCUGAGGAAAUUGAAAGGUUGUUUAGUACUCAAGUGGUGUCACAGACGGACGGUGCUACGCUUUACGACGAUCUAAUUAUCCGACGGGGACGCUCACGUCAACAGUUGGUCAGCGUUUACGACUCGGAGAGGUCCAAACGUAUAGUCGUGUGUAUGAAGUGCCUCCGAGCCACUCUGAAUGACGUCGUGGCCUCAGUAUCAAGCCUAGAUACCUCGCAGAUUCACCACGAGGGUCUGGCUGAGCUGAUGGAACUUCUGUCACCAACUGCAGACAUUGAUAAAAUAUUGUACCACGUCAGAAAGAAAGGGGCUGGUCAUCUUGACCAUCCGGAGUAUCUAGUGUUCGAGUUAUCCAAGGUGGAUCAUUUCAAAGACAGGCUAGAGUUCAUUCGAUUUCGCUUUAAACUACUCUGGCAUCUAUUUGAAAUUGAUCAACAGCUCAGGGAACUCCACACUGCAUGUGAUGAAAUUUCUAACAGUACUUCCUUAAAAAACCUGCUCGAGACUCUGUUAGCGGUGGGCAACUACCUUAACGGAGCCACAGAAAUGGGACAAGCAGAUGGAUUCGGAAUUGAAGUACUCAACAAAAUGAAAGAAAUACAAGACAGGGAUUGCAAAGGGACGUUACUCGAGUUUGUUUUGAAGACCUACUGCCAGGUAUAUGAGAAUGAAGUGGAUAUAGGGUGUCCUACUAGAUUUCGUCUUCCUGAGCCUUCUAAUAUGAGACACGCUUCUCAGGUAUCGUUUGAAGGUAUACAGGACGCCCUAUCAAACUUACAUUCAGAUCUCAGACAUAUACGAGAAAAGCUGUUGGACCCCAGACUGAACAAGGAUGUGAUGCGACCAAUGGACAGUUUCCGUGUCAGUGCCGAGAAUUUCUUCGCUUCAGCACUAGAGGUCAUAGGUGAACAAGAAAAAGUUUUACAGGACACACGAGAUGUUUUUGACAGAACUACAACAUUCUUCUUUGUGGAUAAUAAACAGAUCACUCCUCAGCAGUUCUUUCAAAUCUGGGCAGUGUUUCUUCAUGACUGCAAGUACUUCUGGAAACUAGCACAUAGACGACUGGCAAAGGAAAGGUUCGAACUGGAAUUCAAAUACAAAGGACAAGUAUCGGCAUGUUCAUUACAAGGCUAUGGAAGUUUCCGGGCAGGUGUAAUGAAAGGUGUAGACUCCUUAAACACUGCGGACCCUAAAACAUCCACAGCUCAAAGAAGGAACAAUCGCUCAAAUGAAAUACAAGACCCAACUAAACCAAGUGUACCCCCUAAACCUAGUCGAUCAAGAAAUGCAGACAGUAAUUACAACACUGACCAGAGUGACAGGUCUGCAUCACCAAAACCUCUCACUUCAAGUCCGCCUUCUUCUGUGGAUGUUUACAAGCCCCUGCCCAAAGCACCUGUACAGAACAAUCACGCAACCCCUAACGGUCCUCUUUCUCAAGCACCAAAUUACGAAAAUCAGUCUGAAUUAGAUCGGUUACAACAACAGCAGCAUCACCAACACAAGCAUCAUCAUCAUCACCAACUGCAGCAGAAGCAGGAUGCAUAUACAAAUAAUACGUCAGUUCCGGUUCCCGAAACUUCACCCGGAAGUACAUAUUAUCGUAGUCCAGAUUCUAGUAACGUUAACGAUAAAAAAUCAUCGCAACAGUUUUCUUUAAAAACUUGGUUAAAACGAGAGAGGGAACAAGUACGUAAGGAAGUUGAAAGUGACCAUGUAGAUGUAGUGUCUUCUCCAGAGUCAAAAUCACACAGUUCAUCAAAAUCAUUUUCAAGAUUCAAAAACUCAAUGAUUCAAAAGUUUUCAGGCAGUUCAUCUAACAAAAAACAAGACAAUUCUUCCAAAAGAUCGAAAGAUAGCAAAGGGGGUCAAGUUACAUCCCCUGUCACAAAUAAACACACUACCCAUCACAGUGCUGUGCCAUAUGACGUCAUCAGAAAUAAUUACAACGCCGCAGACGAGGGUAAAUACAACCAAAAUAGAGAAAGUGGAGCUUUAAAUCUUGACAGUCUUGAAGAGUACAACAGACCACUGCCAGAUACUGUUAUAUCACCAAUAGAUGACCCAGAAUGCGAAGAACCUGUUAUAUCAAAACAAACCGACUAUGGUCACCAAAGUACCUAUCCGCCGAAAAUACGUAUAACAAGUGAGGAAAAUGUUGUUCAUAAUGGCGAUGUUAAUAAUAAUGACAAAUAUGACGAUAAUAAAUUCCACGUCGGUUCUGCAUGGGCUCAAUCAAAAUGUAGUGACAGUCCAUAUGGGCGUGUUCAUAAAGACAAUGCUGGUGCAAAUUAUAAUAGAGACAACGCAUUUACAAAUAGUCCGGUAGAACAUGGUGUAGAAUCAAAAAGAGUUGUAGCUCAAACUGUUCCAUUAUACAAAGCAAGGAUUAUCAAUAAUUACGAGAAUCAAGGAAAAUUUGAGAACCCGCAUGCUGUUAGGCAACAGGCAGAACCGGUAAAGCCUUUGACAUUUAACAGUCCACAAGACAAUUAUAAUGGGAGAAGUGCAUUUGAAAACAGGGUUGAAGAUCACAAAAAUCCGUAUGCUCGAUAUGAUGUAGAACAUAAUAGAAAUAAAAGUUUGGAUAAUACCCUUGCUGAUAAUUCAAAUGGAAAUAGACCAGUAAAUCAUCAACAAUCGUACAGUGAUAAUAACCCGUAUGGUCACCACGGUAGGGUAAAUAAAGGUCAUGAUAGCGUAAGGACUCCCAACGAAACUCCGAGAAAAAGAACUGUUCUUGAAAACAAGAACUAUUUUACUCCAGGUAAUAGAGCGCCAAUGAAUGUACAAUCAAUCGGAUCUCUUAUAGACAAGUUUGACAAGUAUAACAAUAAUUCAACAGAGGGACAAUCACAGCAGUCGGCAAGUCAAAAUGCUUUAUCAGCAUCAAAACCUGCUGCAAUGACAUCGACCCCAGUAGCAUCGAGGAAAGUAGCCACAAAUGGAGAUGCUGGUGAAAUGUCGCCUCCGUUACCGCCACGUUUAAGCCUUUCACCAUCUAAAUCAAAACCGCCUCAUGCUGAAUCUACGAGCGAUUAUAGAAACUCGAGUCAUUUAACUCCUGACAGACAGGCAUACAGUUCUCCCCACUCGAGACUUGAUCAUCUAACUUCGAGUAAUUUUUCCCCACCAAGUGUGUAUUCAACUCCGCAAGGAGAACCUUUACAGAGCACUUCAAACUGGUCUCAAAAUAACAACAACAAUAACUUCUAUACCCCAGCAGCCACUAACGCAAGCCGAUCUCGUAGCUUUUACACUUCGCCACAAAGUCGAAGCAGCAUGGAUCAGGAAAAACGCGGUACGGGCAAUACACGCGGGACUCUGACAAAUGGAGACCAUGUUGCAAACGGUUAUCACCACAUUCACGCGACCGGAGCCGACCAAUCAGAUGACAGAGACGACGGAUAUAGAGCAAUGUUACGAAAAGCAGCAACCCAGUCAACGUAUGAUAGACAUUCCAAAACCACGCCCCAGUACACGGGCAGGUCCAAUUUUGGGUCUCCAUACUCUAACGCUAAUACUACACCAUACAGCUCCAGUGCAGCAAUGAAAUCUACUGUCCAUGACCACGACGAAGUUGCCUAUAUGGCAUUCUAGUUCACACACUUUUUAGGAAAGUCUGAAAGAACAUUUUAUAGAUAUUCUACACACAUUCAGGCCAUUCUAUUCUGUUAACGUUUUCAGUAGUAUCUUCGAAAUGGAACACUUGACAAAUAUCCUAACAAAGUAUACCUGAAAUAGAUUGUCGACAAGAAAAUGUUUAGAUACUCCAUUAUUUCUAACCUAAUUAACCAGUUCUUAAAAAAUAAGUUUGUAUGUUUUAUAUCAUAAUAAAGCUUAAGAAAAAACAUUACAUGUGCAAGAAUGGCGUGCUUAGAGAUGUUCAUAUUUGAUGCGGAUGCAAUGUCACCGGCUCACACAGUAUAAUUAUGUGAUUGGCGGUUUUGCAUUUAUGUCCCAGUUUGACAUUUGUUUUCUAUUGAUAUUCAAUCAGACUGACUGUAGUCAGCAGAUUUAUUGUGAAUUCAUAUUUUUGUUCAGUUAUAUAUAAAGAUAUUGUGGUAUAUUUUAUAUAUUAUAAUACUUUUAAGACUAUGUUUACAUUGGAACGGAAAUUUUUUUUAUGGUUUGUUUUCAUUAUGUUGAAAACGACCUUACAUUUGUUUUUACAGAGAAACAGUGAUAAUAAAAUGGAAAAAAAUA